AUGAGCGCAUCGAAGCCCUCGAGACCGAGCGAAGCUCGUCGAGAGUCCAGCCGCAUCGCCGUGCCGCUUGCUCGCCGGCGGGUCACUGUCCAUUAUACCAGCCAGCAAGGCCGCAUGGGCGAGGGCGGUGAGGAGGAGACGUCGCUGCGUGACACCGUCAACAAGUUGACGUCAGAGAAGCAGUACGGCGGUACGUUUCGCGUGGGGGCCACCGGCGGCAGUGGCAGCAGCAGCAGCAGCAGCGGCGGCGGCGGCGGCGGCAUCACGCGGGAUGUGGAUGAGGAGAAGGAGCCUGGGUACCACCAUGAGUCGCGCAAGGACUUGGAAAAGCGCGGCGCUGUAGUGCACGAGGAAGUCGGCGGUCGUCAAGGCCAUCAUCCCAGCCCCGCCUCUGCUCCGGAAAGUGGCACUGAGUGCCGUACGGCGGGCUCAGGCGCCGGGACCGAAUCCGCCCGCACGGCCUCGACCGGCGGCCGCGGCGGCCGUGGCUCGGAGGACGACAUAUCGUCCGCUCCGGAAAGUGGUACCGAGGCUUGCGAAAAGCGACGUUGGAUUGCCCCCAGGCCCUGUAGUAGUCAGCAGAGCGAGGUGUUGCUUGUUUCCAUCUUCUUCUUCUUCUUCUUCUUCUUCUACUUCCCAGAGAACGCACAGCGCAUUAGUUAA